UAAUUCCACUAAUAUAUUAACAAACUAAACACUAACGGAAGAGACGACUAAUCGAUGACAAGAAUGGAUUUUCACCGAUCUUUAACGUCGAUGUGACAAGCCCAUGUUGAGAAUAUCCCAUCUUAUUUGGACUAACGACGACGGGGAGCGGCGAAGUGGUGCAAAAUAUACAUGUAUAAUUAUACACCUCACAAGAAACACGCACAAAUGUCAAAUAUAGUUUUUAUGCCGCUGACAGAAUUUUAUAGCCAUUUUUUCGAAGCUUCAUAAAAUAGAAAAUCAACGGUGCUUUUGAUUGAUAAAGACUCAUUCACUUUUGAUUGCUGUUGUUAAUUGUUAAAGUUUUUCACAAUUGUUAAUAUCCAUGCUUUGGUGUGAAAUUUUAAUCACAUGAAUAUACCAUAAUCUACCUCAAAUAUUAACACCUUGUUGUGGAAUAUUGAUUAGAUAAAAUUUAACCAAUUAAACAUCGCUGCAAGGUGAGAAAACUCAAGCUUGCUUGUUCAUCAAACUAUUUUUGUUUCUAUAGUAUUUUUCUGAAUAUGAAACAAUAGCCUAAUUUUCAUGGUGCUACAUCUCAUAGUCUUUGAGACACAUCCUAUUUGAACGGCGCUAAGCAUUAAAAAUCAAAAACACGAACUCUCCUGUAACAUCAACACCAAAUCAGAGUUCAUAAAUUUUAUUAAAGUUCUUUAUAUUUGAUUGAUUAUUAUUGAUUGUUGAAAUAAUUAUUAUAACAUUGAUGAAUUUAUUGGUAGUGUUGAGUAGUUUAUGAGUGAAUAACAAUAGUAGACACAGUUAUAUUAAAUUGUUGAUUCGAAAAAGAGAUUUAAAAAUAAUCUAUAACAAUGUUCAAAUGCUGCGUGUGCAAUAAGAAAGCCAAAAAAGAAGGGGCUAAUGAUGAAAUACCCAUAAAUGACAACCAAUCCAAAACGAACAAAGUAAUCGAUGGAAAAACGACCAAGGUAAUUGGAGAGAAUGGAAGUAGACCAAAGUUGAACAGCACGAGUGAUUCAGAAAAACAAAACAUUUGUGAUAAGCUAGAGAAGAGUGAAAUGAAUCAGAGUAUCGAUGGUAAAAAUGAUGUGAGACUAAUUAAGGAUCGAAAUACAGGAGAUGACACAGAAAAUGAAAAUCAAAAUGGCAAAGAUAAUAUUGGAGACAGCUUACAGAAGAACAAACAGAUAGAAGCAUUCACUCCUUUGGAGCAAUCACCAACCAAACUCUCUAGUCCCCAGAAAAACUUCUUGUAUAGCAAUAUUGCUUACAUUGAAAGAACGGUUGAUGAUGGACCAGAAGAAGAAGGAGAUGAUUCUGUUUUUGAGGCUGGCCCACCAUCGAUAGAAACUAAUCUGACCAAAAAAUCGUUACCAGGAGUUGCACCUUUAACAAGAUGGCUAUCACAAGAAGAGACUGAUAACAUAUCUGAAGGAUGCGGAGGAAUGCAAGAGCCCCCAGCUACCCCAGUAGCUAGAGAUGAACUAGCACUGCGCCGGCACAGAUUUUUCUCUGACUUACUUGAAGCUGCGCAAAACACUUCUGUACAUAGAGUGAGAUUUGACCCACUAGGACCAACAGUGCACGCUGGCUGUGAUCCUGACAGCCGAGAAGAACAACUCGAAGAAUUGGUAACUCGUUUGGAAAACGUCACAAGGCGGCUUGAAAAAGUUCCUAACAUAGCUGAAACACAAGAGACUGCAGUUCAAACCAAAACACCAUCUCCAGUGCAUAAAAAUUCUCUGGCGACAGAGUCAUCCCCGCAAUCCAAGAUGUCGGUCGCAGGUUACGAAGAUAUUAUCGCAGGGCCGGUCCAACAAUACCUGCAACUCAGUCAAAAAAUUGGUGGUGAUGUCCUGACCCACAGCAAACUUGUUGAAAAAGCCUUCAAAGUCCAGCUAGAGUUUAUCCAAACGGCUGCGUCACAUCCUACUCCUGCAAACCAGUCCCAACAAAUGGCUCUCCUGACACCAACUUCAACUCAAAUUCAACAAAUACAAGAGUUCCGAGAAAAGAACAGAGGGUCAUCUUUCUUCAAUCAUCUUUCUGCUAUCAGUGAAAGUAUACCUGCAUUAGGGUGGGUUGCUGUAUCACCUGCACCAGCACCCUAUGUCAAGGAAAUGAAUGAUGCUGGACAGUUUUACACCAAUCGUGUUUUGAAAGAUUGGAAAGAGAAGGACAAGAAUCACGUUGAAUGGUGCAAAGCUUGGGUUCAGACAUUAAGUGAACUCCAGAAAUAUGUACGUCAACAUCAUACAACCGGUGUAGUUUGGGCCAAGUCUGGAGCUUCGGCUAUUCCUGCUGCUCCUGGUGCUCCCCCACCACCACCACCUUCCAUGCCCAUUGGAGAUGUUACUGCAGAUCUCGGAGAGGACAGGAGUGCUCUUUUUGCCCAAAUAAAUCAGGGCGAAGGUAUCACUAAGAGCUUGAAGAAGGUUACCUCGGAUAUGCAAACGCAUAAAAAUGCUAGCCUUCGCACUGGCCCUGCUCCUUUUAAAGCACCUGUGAGCGGAAAGACCAAUUCUGCACCCAGCAUACCUGCAAAGCCUCUGAACAAGCCCCCUGUUUUUGCACGUGAUGGCAAGAAAUGGCUUGUGGAGUAUCAAAAGGGCAAUAAGGACUUGGUGAUUGAAAACGCUGAGAUGAACAACGUGGUCUAUGUGUUCCGUUGUGAAGAUAGUACACUGGUAGUUAAGGGCAAGGUCAACUCUAUCGUCUUAGAUUCGUGCCGUAAGACCUCCAUUGUGUUUGAUUCGCUGGUUUCUAGUGUUGAGUUCGUCAACUGUCAAAGUGUACAAAUGCAGGUGUUGGGAAAAGUACCUACUAUUUCUAUCGACAAGACUGACGGCUGUCAGAUGUAUCUGAGCGCAGACUCUCUUCAAGUUGAACUCAUAUCUAGCAAAUCUAGCGAAAUGAAUGUAAUGGUUCCAAAAGGAAAUGGGGAUUAUACGGAGUACCCAGUACCUGAGCAGUUUAAAACUACUAUAGGCCGAACGGGUCUUACGACAACCGCUGUCGAUUCUCUGGGUUAAAUGAAAUUAAAUAUAAGUUUACCGCAAACAUCUCGUUUGGAUACGACUCGGUAACGAUAUUAUCCGUAAAAUAAAUCAUCAUCAAGUUAUUAUUUAUUAUAAUAUGGACUGCAGUGAAUUGAUUAUAUACUAUAUGCGCGGGACUUGACCAUAUUUUGAAAUCCUGAACCCUUACAUUUACACAGCAUUUGCCCACUAUUAAUAAUUUUUUUUUUUUUUUUUUCAAAAAGUAUAGAGAAAUUUUACUCCAUUUUAAUAUAUACAAAAACAUCGUAUUGAAUGGCCCACAGGUAAUGUCGAUAACAAUAUCGAAUCGUAUUUACUAUUUACGUAUUUCAUUCAAGCGCCCGUGGCUUAAAUUUGCGCGAUGAAUCGAUCCCAUGCAAUGGAGAUUGAUAUAUCAUACUAGACUUGAAAUUCUGAAUACUACAAGUAAAAAUUAGCCUAUUUGAUAAAAAUUUUUGAUCACUUGUGGCAAGUAAAUAUCCGAGUAGUGAUCUUUCGUACAUAUAAAUGGUAUAUGUAUGCGAAAAACCAAUGAAAUAUUUCCCACUUCAGAAACACCACCAGUAUGGGUGAGUUACGUUUGGACAAGAGUUUUAAUCCCGCCCUGACACCUGCACUUUUAUAUAUUUACACUGUUUUUUACCGUAAAUAAACUUUUGCCCAAACUGGAAACGGUCCAACAAUCGAUAUUUAACUUCAGAAAAUAAUUAAUAUUGGCUGUUCCUUCCGAGUGGCUUCCAAAAUGUUCAAACCGAUAGACUUAAAUCUGCAGGAUUGUGUAUGACAUGAAACAGUUCUCUUCUCGAUAUGAAUAUCUUGCCUCGCGACCAUUUAGCUAUAAAAAAUGAAAAUUAAAAAUUAAAUAUUAUCAGACGUGUGAUACAUGGAUUGCUCUUGGAGUUCAAUGAUCCUUGUUAUCGGAGCUUAGAGAACAUUUUUCGUCUCUAAGGUAAUUAUUUGUCGCGAACCAAACGUUAGUCACAGAUUCAAUGAUUGCGAGAAAAAAUGCGACUGCAUUUUCCGUACGGCGUAAGGAUUUUCAUCUGGUCUCGGAAACGUCAAACUGAAUUUCAAUUCCAACUGUAAGAACGGCGAAUAAUUUUGGGAUUAAAUAUGUGAUUUUUAACUUUCAGUAUAAUCUUAGGUGUAAGUCGUAGACUGUAAGUAAUUCAAGUAACCAAAAUCAACAACUAAAACUACUAAAGUAAGGUACUAGCUGAGUUGUUCGAAAGUAUUAAUUCAAUAACUGGUUCAAAAUCAUUCAAUGCCAACAAUUUCAAUUUCGGUCGAAUUAAAGUGGAGAGUUUGUUUUGGAUUAGAAUUCUAAAAAAUGUAGGAAAAAAAAAACAUACGUAAACAGCUUUAUUUUUAGCUUCUACAUCCGUUCAUUAGUUUACUUAAAAUCAUUUGAAUCUUUCAACAUCAAAAAAUUGACCAGUCAUUGGCGGUUAAUUUGGAAUUACCUUCCAUUUUGUGUCUAACUCAAACUUUUUUGUCAAAUAAAGUGUGUACUCAAAAAGUAA